AUGGCCUCCAGACAAGUCUUUCGCCGCUCCGCCGACAUCCUCCGCGCCUCCUCCGCGCGCGUUCCCGUCUUCCGCCAAGCAGCAUCCGCGCUGCUGCAAACGCAGCAUUCCGCGCAUUACGCCACGUCGUCGCCCUCCGCUUCCGCCUCCCCCGCCCUGCCGACAGCAUCCCUUUCCUCGCGUGCUCCAGUCGAAUCGCAUGUGUCAGCGGCGUCCUUCCAGCGGCGAGGCUUCGCCAUCACGGCCACGGAGGAUCUCGUGAAGCUGCCACGUGUCACCGAUCCGAGCGCGCUGAGCACGCUCAAGGAAGCUCUGGCGACGGGGUGGGUGCCGUGCGACUCGGCCGUGAUCGCCAAGAUCGACAAGACGAUCAAAAGCACCGAUGACGCGGUGGCAAAGGAGGCGCUGUCGGCGCUCAAGGCAGCAGCGGGGGCGGUGGAGGUGUUUGGGGAGAAGCUGGAGCUGCUGCGCCUGGAGCUCGAUGAACUCAGUGGCGGCAAGUUCGGUGGCGAGGCGGUGGGGAAGAUCCCCGAGGAUGUGAAGGCGGCGCUGGCGUCGGCGCUGAGGCGGUACUCGGCGUACCUGGCGGCGUUUGGGGCGGAGGAGGGGUGGCUGCAGCGCAAGGUGAAGGAGGAGCUGGGCGGCGUGCUCAUCACCGUCAAGCAGCGCUGCAGCGGGCUCGAGGAGGAGUGGAACCAGAUUAGUCUGCUGGGCACAUCGGGGCUCGGAGUAAACUCGCUCCCUCGUCAUGGCGGCCGGCCGAACUUCAACGACUGGGUGAAGUCGUACCGCCCCGACUUGGCCUCGCAUCAGUUCGAACCCAUCCGCAUCCGCGCCCCCAGACAAAUACCAGAGGAGUACCGGGACGUGCACAUCCCAUCGGAGGAGGAGCUGCAGAUGCUAGCUCAGUUUGGCCACGCGCACCACGCCUCAUACUACUUCAACACCAAGCCCGCCGCUGCCAUGGCCGCUGCUGCUGAAGCCGCAGCAGGGGUUGGGGUUGGCGACCAGAAGCCCUAG